GUUGAAUGUGCGUAACGCACGCUUUACACUUUUUUUACAUUAGAUAAAUCGCGCCGACGAUGGCGAGCGCCUGUUCGAGCAGUAUGUCCGUUCAGAAAUCCGGGGCUAGUAAUAUCACAAGCACCACUGCGUCCGGAAGUCGAAAAAAGACUGAGAGUGAUUGUUCGAAAAAACCCAGCUGCUUCCUACAACGCAAGAAACCUGCGAAUCCUUUGUCGGUGUCUAUACGGCCACCGAAAGUUGAUGCUGUGAGACAACGUGUUAGGUCUGCCAGGAUGUUGAAGAUACGUGGAUUGCAAAGUCAAUUGAACGACGCGAAUUUCCACCUGAUGGAGCUGGCUCAUGAAAAUCGCGCGUUGAAAUCCACACAGAGAAGACAAGAUAAAGCACUUAAUAAUUAUGAAGGUGUAAAUGCAGAUUUACCAAGACUAAUUCAAUCACACAGUGAAGAACACAGAAUAUUACAAGAACGCAAUCGUACAUUAAAAAGACAACUUCGAGAAGUUACAGACACUUUAAAAGUACGCGAUGAUGAAUUACUUGCAGCAAAAGAUCAACUAAAACAACUUACACUACUGGCGAAAGACAAACAAUUAGAAGAACGUGCACAGUUAAGAACAUCCCUAAACGAAGCAAAGGAACUAAUAAAAAGUUAUGAAUCUGAGAUUAGUAUUCUUAAUCGUAAAUUAGCUUUGGAGGUGAAAAACUGUCGCCAGAAGUUGAAUGCUGAAGCUGUGAAGUACAAAAAGUGUCAGGAGCAGUUGGCACAGGCUCUUGGACAAGCCAAAUUAAACAGUAGUAGUACUAGAUUGUUAUCUAGACGAUAUGAUAAUAGUCCUAUCAGUGAUCGUAAGUCUACGAUGAAUUUAAGUUCUAGUACAUCGAAAGAAACAUUGGAUUUAGAUGUUAAAUUGGAACCGAUUAAAAAACGUAAUAGUGCUGAAAGUAGGAACUCUUUGACUUCACCAGUUGAGAAAAUCAAAGCGAGAUUAUCAACAACAACAACAGGAGAAGCUGGGCGGGUGCAUAGGAUUGAAGAUUUCAGUGAUGUUUUAGAGAAGAUUAAUUUAGAAGAAGAACACUUGAAGAAAUCGCUGCAAAGUGGGAUAAAAAGUAUAAAUAAAUUUAAACCGACCAAGUUGGAGACUUUAGUUCAAAAGAGAAAUGAAUUACAAUUACAAUCGGUGGAAAAAGAGGAUAAAGGAUUGAAGAUUGAACCGCCUCCACGUCCUCCACCACCGAAAUUGAUACAUCAGCAACAAAUUCACGUGGAAAAUCAAGAAAAUGAUGAAUUAACACCUUUAAAAGAUGAAGACAUCUUGGAAAAUACAAAUAUUGCUGAUGUUCUUGAUCAUCAUGUGAAAACUUUACAAGAAUCCGAAGUAGGUUUUAAUUAUGCACGUGAAGAGCUCAAAAAUAUUGAAGAAUUAGAAGCGCAAAUUGACAGAAACAAACAAACGAUAAUUCUGAAACGUGAGGAUAAUGAACUGGUUGAUGAGAUUUGGCAUGAAGAGUAUUCAUUUAGAGUUGCUAAUCAUAGUGAAGAACUUGUUAAAAAUGGCAAGGAUGGUUUAACAAAUGGAGAAUUAGAAGAAGUCCAUGAAACCAAAAAGGAUCCGAUUGUUGCGUUGGAAAACAAAAAGAAAUUGUUGGCCGCUCUGAGGCAAAUCGAUAAUGGUAAUAGCAUAGAACAGGAUACCAACAAACCAGACGUGGACAUUGCGCAUAACAAUAAUAAUGAAAUUGAUACUAGGAAGUCUAGAUUGAUGAAGGAGUUGUUUGGUUGAUGUGUAUACUAAAGAAAUAAACCAUACAUUUUGUUAAAGUUA